AUGGCGUCAGACCGAGACAUCCUCCCUUCGUGGGCCAAACCAUCCCACUACGCUAUCUCUCUCUACGACAUCGAGUUCGGUGGCAAGUUCAGCUUCAAGGGCACUGUCAGCAUCAACACCAAUAUCACAAAGAAUGGUGGCUUCUCUGAGCUCGUGCUCAAUGCUCAUCAGCUCAAGGUCCACAGCGCUGAGCUGAAGGCAGGCGAUGCUACCAAGUCGGCCAAGGACAUCACGUACGAUGAGAAGCGCCAGCGCGUCACACUUGACUUUGGAGAGAAAAUCGACUACUCGGGUGAGGUAACUGUGAAUGUCAAGUUCGAAGGAACUAUCAACAACGUCAUGGCUGGCUUCUAUCGCUCGAAGUACACCCCGAAGGGUGAAGUCCCCGCUUCCGUCGCGAAAGACGACGAGUUCCAUUACAUGUACAGCACCCAGUUCGAGGCGUGUGAUGCCCGCCGAGCCUUCCCCUGCUUUGAUGAGCCGAACCUCAAGGCCACUUUCGACGUCGAGAUUGAGCUUCCCAAGGAUCAGGUUGCCCUCAGCAACAUGCCUGAGAAGGAGACAAAAGAGAGCAAGCGCGAGGGUUUCCACACAGUGGUCUUCGAGACUACACCCGUCAUGUCGACAUACCUUUUGGCAUGGGCCAUUGGCGACUUUGAGUAUGUUGAGGCUUUCACCGAGCGCAAGUAUAACGGCAAGAGCCUCCCUGUGAGGGUUUACACUACUCGAGGACUGAAGAAGCAGGGAGAGUUCGCUCUGGACAAUUGUCACAAGAUCGUGGACUACUUCUCAGAGGUGUUCCAGGUCGACUACCCGCUUCCUAAGGUCGAUCUUCUUGCCGUCCACGAAUUCUCACAUGGUGCUAUGGAGAACUGGGGCCUCAUAACCUAUCGUACGACCGCUGUGCUGUUCGAUCCCGAAACAUCUGCGGACAGUUACCGUAAUAGAGUCGCAUACGUUGUUGCUCACGAGCUUGCUCAUCAGUGGUUUGGCAACCUCGUCACAAUGGACUGGUGGAAUGAGCUUUGGCUCAAUGAAGGUUUUGCCACUUGGGUCGGAUGGUUCGCUAUCGAUCACCUGUAUCCAGACUGGAACGUAUGGGGACAAUUUGUUACUGAUUCCGUGCAACAAGCCUUCGCACUUGAUGCUCUACGCACCUCCCACCCUAUUGAAGUGCCUGUUUACGAUGGUCUCGAGGUAGAUCAGAUCUUUGAUCACAUCAGUUACCUGAAGGGCAGCUCGGUCAUCCGAAUGCUGAGCGCCCAUCUCGGUGAGAAGGUGUUUCUACAAGGUGUUGCUGAUUACCUCAAAGCCCACCAAUACUCGAACGCUACCACUAAUGAUCUCUGGGCUGCGCUUAGCAAGGCUUCAGGUCAGGACGUCAGCAGCUUCAUGGAUUUCUGGGUUCGCAAGAUCGGUUUCCCUGUUGUUACUGUCGCUGAGGAGUCUGGCCAAAUUGGCAUUCGCCAACAGCGUUUCCUUCUCGCUGGUGAUGUCAAACCUGAGGAGGAUUCGACAGUCUGGUGGAUUCCUUUGGGCCUGCACACGGGUUCCUCGCCUGCUACUGCAUCUGUCCAUGAGACAGGCGCUCUGACUCAGAAGGAAGAGACCAUCCGCAACGUCGAAGGUGACUUCUAUCAACUCAACAAGAAUCUCACUGGAUUCUACAGAACGAACUAUCCACCAGAGCGCCUUGUCAAGCUCGGUGAAGCCCGUCACGAACUCUCAGUACAGGACAAAAUCGGAAUCAUUGGAGAUGCUUACGCCAACUCGAUCGCUGGAUUUGGGUCUACCGCUGGUCUACUCGCGCUUGUAGAGAGCUUCCAGGAUGAAUCGGAUUAUCUUGUUUGGUCGCAGAUCCUCACCAACGUUGGCAAUGUCCGCAGUGUACUCUCCGGCAGCGAGGAUGUGAGCGAAGCUUUGAGGAAGUAUCACCUCAAGCUCAUCACGCCCGCAGUCGAGAAGGUCGGAUGGGACUUCAAGGAUGGCGAGGGUUUCCUCACUGGCCAGCUCCGCGCAGCGCUCAUAUUGUCGGCGGGCCUAGUCGGCCAUAAGGCGACAGUUGAGGAAGCUUCGAAGCGCUUCGAAGCUUACACCUCUGGAACGGAUAAAUCCGCCAUCCACCCCUCUCUCCGCCGUGCUGUGUUCGGCAUUGCCAUCAAAAAUGGUGGCGAAGCAGCAUACAAAGCCGUCCAGAACGAGUACCUCUCAACGUCGUCUAUCGACGGAAAGGAAAUCUGUCUAGUUUCGAUGGGUCGUGUUCAGACACCUGAGCUUGCGCAAGAUUUCUUGAAGUUCAUCUUCUCAGACAAGGUUGCCACACAGGACAAGCACUCUGGUACCAUUGCAUUGGCGAACAACUCCAAGGUCCGCCCCGAAGUGUGGAAAUACAUUCGGGACAACUGGGGCCAGACCGUUCACCCUGCUCUAUCUGGCAAUCUAGUGGUCCUAGAGCGCUUCUUACGUUUUGGUUUGAACAAAUUCGCUGACGAGAAGGUCGCGAAUGAGAUUGCUGCUUUCUUCAAGGACAAAGAUACUCGUGGUUAUGACAAGGGCCUCGAGGUUAUCGAUGACACCAUUCGAAGCUACGCGAAGUAUGCUAAGAGGGAUGAGGCUAAGAUCAGGGAGUGGUUGAAGGCCAACAGUUACUUGUCGUGA